AUGCCCAAGGGACAGGGGCAGCGGAGCACGAGGGCCGAUGAUGCCGAGACGCAGAUUGCGGCAUCAUUUGUCACCGAGAAUGCGUCCGAGAUCCAUGAGGCCUUUGGUGGCUCAGCGAGGUACAAUGACGAGACGGGCCAUUUUGAAGCCCCGACCCAGUACAAGGCUCUGUCCGUGGCUCUUCAAGAAUACGUCCUGUCAAAUGACCUGAGCAUGGGGCUGGUGCUCGGCCCAAACGCCUCUGAGUCGUCCUGGGACGCGCUGUUUGAAAAGGUCAACGACGCAGAAGCUCGGCUGCACGGCACGGAGAAACGCCCUCUGGAAAUCUUCAAGAAGAUGUGGCUCAAGGUGGGCGAGAACCAGGCAGUCAUCGAUCCGUGGCUCAGCCUCAUCCCGGAUAGCUACGGGCUGGCGGUGGUCAGGUCUGCGAUUGCCAUCAUACUAAAGAUUGCGCAAAAGUCGGCCGACGCGCGACAGAAGAUCUUUGACACUUUCAAAAAGAUACGAGACACCAUCGGCGAGGCCAACUCCAAGAGGAAGAGCUUUCAGACAGACGUGGAUGUCAGCCGCUGUGCUGCUGCUCUGCACGAGUCGAUCGUGGAUGCUAUCGAGAAGAUGUUCCAGCUCCUACCCUCCCCGAAGCAACCAUUUCAAUGGAAUAAGUCAUUGUUCAAGAUGAGCAAGCACAAGAAGAGGGAGAAAGUCGAGAAGGUAGACCCAGAUGAAGUACUGGAAAAGGUUGAAGCGUCUGCCCUGGAGCUUGUUCGUGCCGUGGACAGGCGGCGCGACGACAUCCUUGCCCGAACGGGGCAGGUGACCCAGGACACCAACAGCCAAGUGACCAUGAUUAUGGGAUGGAUCGUAACUGAGGCGGAUAUCGGCAUCAAAGAAACCAGGAAAGUGGUCGGCGAAGUGCAAAUCCAGGUGGGAGAUGUCGCCACGGACGUCAAAGAUGGCGUCUGCUUGUUGAGAGACAUUCGAGAUGGGCAACACACCUAUUUUCGCUUGAAUCGAGAAGAAAGUUCGAAGACGACUAGGAUGGAGAGAACGAUACAAGUCAUUCAGCAGGGCAUGGAUAGGUUGAUGAUGGAUGACAGGCAAGUGGCCACCGACGAACUGUUGGCGCUCUUGCUCGAAGAAAGGAAAAAAAACACCAUGCUUAAACGUCGAAACAAGGCUUUAAGACAACGACAGAUUGGCGACACGAGUUCCCCUGCCGCGACCACAGCAGUCGUCACAGUGGAACAGCUCGUCGAGAUUAUAUGUCGGCCGAGGAACGGCGGACAAGACGUCGACAUGGACAUGGAGUCUGUUGUUGAUGCUCUACACGAGAACCUGGAACGAGUGAUCCGGCUGCGCUCUAGGAUGAGUGUCCAUGCGCAAGGGCAGGCGCAGUCACUUCUCCAUCAAGCUCGGUUUCUCGCGUGGCUGGAGCGCCAACACCCGGACCUCAUCUCCGUGGACGGCAACAUUCCCUCGAGCGUACGCGACGCCGUGUCGGCAAUGUCGCUCUUCUGCGCCAUCUUCGUGCUGAGCCUGUCCAAGCUCGAGCCGGACAGCGUCAUGGUGCAUUUCUUCUGCGGCCUGCACCCGUCGCCGAGGGAUGCGUGGUGCGGGCCGAGCGGCCUGAUCCGGCUGCUCAUCGUGCAGCUCCUGGCGGCGCUCGACGACGAGGACCUGCUGCGCUUGAGCUUCUUGAACCGGCGGAGCCAGAUCCGGCGGCUGGAGGAGCAUAGUCUGAGGGCGCUGUGCGAGCUGUUCCAUCAGCUGCUCCGCCAGUUCCCGCCGUCCAAGACGGUGUAUUGCAUCGUCGACGGCGUUUCUCUCCUGGACAGCGGCGAGUUCACCGACGACUUGGGUGUCGUGCUGGGCGCGCUCGAGUCGAUUGUGCGCGACGACGAUGAGCUUAGGGUGGUGUUCAAGGUGAUGCUGACGGUCUCGGGCCGGAGUUCGCUGCGCCUCAGGAGACGCGUGAGCGGGUCACGCUGCAUCAACCUUUCGCCUAGGGAUUCGAACGCCCGCCCGAUGACGCAGAGGUGGCUGGACGCUGCGAUAUCACGGCCCUCUACGCCGCUGGGUCGGUCUGUCUCGCGAGGCCGACGGAGUGUGAGUUGUUCGAGACGCGUGAGCGUCGAACGGGAGGAGGGGCAACGAGAGGAGGAGCAGGAUGAUGAUGAUGAUGAUGAUGAUGACAAUAGCGAGGUGUCCAGUGCCUAGGAUGAAUGCCACCUCUCGAGUCAUAC